AUGACAGGUGGUACACCCCAUCUGUAUCCGAACUCUGGCGGCGCAACAGACCCCCACCGUAACCGCUCGCUUACCAACCCAGACGCGCAACAGGCACUCAACAACGCGAAUGUGAGUGUGCUCAACAACUCAGCCACAGAGUCCCGUGCUAAUAACAGCGGUGGUAAUAACGACGGUAGCGACAACACCGGCCAAACCCACACCCAGACCUCGCCGUACAGCAUGGAGCUGCUCACGGAGGUUGCUAAGCAACGGCUGAUCACCGAAGGCCUGCACGCGUCAACACACGGCCGCAUCUCGCCCUCUGUGAGGGAGGCGCACGCGCAUGAGAGCGGCGCAGACGCUGACCCUGACGCAGUCUUCAGUAGUGCGUUUGUGGUGUCUGUUCCCACUGUACCGGUCACACCGCCCAUUCCCUUGAGCCCCGAUGUGCACCCCGCUUCGAUCCUAGAGGGCCAGGACAGCCCUCGUUUGUUGGCCCUGCCUAGCACUCUGGUCAGUGCUAGUACGACAGGGGAGGGUGCGGGUGGCACGGGUCUUUCACUACACAGCUCAGCACCAAAGCAACGCGCACGCGCACAGACCGCAGCAGCCAGACUAGGCCACAAACUACCCGGAGCACAAACGGGUGCACCCCACACCUCACACUCAGAGCGAGACACGCACGCACACACAACACAGGCACCUUGCCAUGCACACACACAGGCACACACACACACACGCGCGCACGGCCGCACACAAGCAACCCCGAGGAUACACGCCGUCCCAUCGGAUCACGCAGACGCACGAGAUGGGGCGAAGACACAGGCAGAGCACCCCAGCACGCAGACGGAGUACCGCAGCAAACCAUCAGACGACCACAGUAAGCAAGCUAGUACCAGCGCAAACGCCAGUGAGGACGAGUGGGCCAUUGUGUCGGCUGUGACGCCCACGCCUACCUCAACGCCUAGUGAUGCGAGGCUACAUGGGUCAUCCUCUAACGCACCCACGCCCAUCCCACAACCACUGGUAGCACCCACGUCACUGUUCUAUCCUCCGCUAUUGUCGUACGAAGCCACCAGCACAGCCGCCAUGUCACCUGCCAUGUCCCCCGGAUUCUGGGACUCGCACAGUGACCUCAAACUAGCCUCUCGCGAUAGUCACCCUUACACUGACAAUGACUCACCUACUAUGGGCCGAGGCUUGUCCCCUCCGAGCGAUGAUGCGUCGGGCGACAUGACGCCCAUGCCACUGUCACCGAUGAACUCCCACCGUGAGUUGGCCGAGCUUAUCACUAGCGACGCGGAUGUGCACGGCUCAGACAUUCUCGACGAACUGACACACAGACUGGGCGCAACGGAUCUGUCCCAAGAAGACCCACAGUCAACUCGGCCAACACGUAGCACGCCCAUGCCAAUGCCCCCCAACGACAAGGCACGCGGAUCACUCAGAGACAAUGAACUGCGCGUGAGCCCUCCCAGUUACCGGCCCACGCCCACGGCAAAGAACCUGACACUGAGCAUAGGCUACCAGAUGCGACUGCAUUCGCGCACAGGCACACACAAGGACGUGGUGAUGAUCAGCCCUACCAAACACAGCGACCCGGUUCUCUGCUCUGUUCAGCCGGGCCAACCGCCCCAUCACACCCUCAUGGAUCUGCCAGACGAUGUGCUGGUGGUGCACUUGCCAGACACCGCGGCAGACGUAGUGACCGAGAUCACCGAACACUCCCUGAGCACAAGCACAGACACUCGCCCACGCCCACACACACAGGGGAGCCUACACCCCGACACCCCCCCCUCCCCCAACGAGGCUGUGCGCAGAGCCAUGCAGCGCCAACAAAGCACCCAAAGCGAUACGCAUAUAGGUGCAGACACUGUGGUCGAGGACAGCCCUGUUAGCCAGGACAUGGGGCCGGGUGGUGGGAUGUUGGGACAAUCGCCGCCCCCGUCUCGGGCACAGGGGAUGUACCACGCACACGCGCGAGCGCAGGAGACCGCGCCGGUGGCCGAGAGGUUUACGAGUGCACAGCACACAACCCAUCGGAAGAGCAGCCAACACACCCACACCCACGCACACGCACACGCAAAAGGCCUACGCAGUGCGUCUAUCACCAGUGUGGAUGAGGAGGUGCGGCAGGUGGUAGAGGGUAUUGGUAUGGGGGCCGGAGGCUCGCGGGGGCAGGGGGACGGUACACCGAACACGUCUACUACCCGCACGUACACACGCACACGCGCGAAUACCAGCUCUCAGGCGGAGAGUGUGGGUCACCCCCCCACACACCGCAGCUCAGGCGGGCGGAUGGCCCGAAAUGGCUCACGGCACGGACAGGCGAGCGCACAAAAACGCACACCUACAGUGAUACUGGGUAUGGGAGAGAGUGCCGAGCGUAGGCCUACCUACAUAGGAGACCGAGGGCAGAGGGAUAGGAGCAGCACCGCGGGUGCGGGCGGUGGGCGUAGUGUAGGUACGGCGAGUGGGGGUAGGCCGCAGGAGGUGGCCCUGAAGGAGAGCCAGCCGCCAAUCACCGUCACCGAUACGAAGACCAGCACGACCACGACCACGACCACGGGCGGCCACGGGGGCACACACACCAAAGGGAAAAUACACACACAAGCACAUACAAACACCUCUACACAGAUGACUACGAACACUCCCGCCGAUACGAACAACCCCAACCCCAACCCCAACACCAACAACGGGGAGAGCCGCAUCCGUGCCCAGGGCCCUGCGCGAGGACACAGGGCAGGUGCAGCGGACACGCCGGUGCACCCGGACAACGGCCCUAGCCCUAUGCACAAGACACCUAUGCUGUCAUUCCAGGCCCCAUCAAACAAGGCACAGAGCACGAGCCAUCCCAAUGACCCCGGCGCAAGCGCAGGUGUAACUGGUAGUACUGCCGCAGGAUACAACCGAACGCGUAUGCAUGGCUAUAGUGCGGGUGCGGGUGCUGCUGGUGCUGGUGUGAACGUUGAGCAGGGCGCAGGUGCUAGCGGAGGGGCAGUUGGCGGCGGCAAUAUUCCUAGGGGCAAUCUCUUAGGCGUAAACGGCCGACAACCUCACAACACCACCACAAUGCUCUCUAAGCCAGCACGGUACGCUAACGUUCCCGAGACACCGGCACGUAGUGCUAAGGAUGUGCCGAACUUCGUUCCCACGCCCACAAGUCGCAUGGACGAGAAAGAGGAGCUGGAGAAGAGGGCCGGUAAUGAGUUCUUGCCGUCGUUUGUGCUGGCGCAGUUGUUUCAGUACGAUGGGAAACCAGACGCACUCACCCCACUGCCUAUACUGCCUGAGCACGAGCAGGACGGCACCUUUGAACGCGGUCUGCGGUUGCUGGAUAAGAUGCCCUUUAGGGACACGCAUAAAAUUGGUGUUGUGUACGUAGCCGAGGGGAACACAUCGGGUGAUGACAUUCUUCGAAAUGAUCACGGGUCAGUCCGAUAUAUGAAGUUCCUGCAGCAAUUGGGUACACUCAUCCGGUUGGAAAAUUCGGAGCUAUACACUGGUGGCCUUGACCGCGAGGAAGGGGCGGAUGGCGAGUUCACCUACCACUGGCAGGACGACAUCACCGAGGUGGUCUUUCACGUGGCCACGCUCAUGCCCAGUGGCCAAGCAGCGUGUGUGGAUAAGAAACGGCACAUCGGCAACGACUUUGUUACUAUAGUGUACAACGACGCACCCAGGACUUACAACCUGCACGCCAUACGGGGCCAAUUCAAUUUCAUCGAUCUCAUCAUCCAGCCACUGGAGGACAACACCAACGAAGUGCUCAUCCGAACCAAAGAAGUGAUGCAAACAUAUGUGCCAGAGAAAUUCGACGAGAUUGUAUCUGACGCGUCCCUGGCUACGUUUGUAAGGCACAUCGCCAUCCAUGCAAAUUUGGCGUCCUGCAUCCAGCAGCAGAAUGAGGAUUACGUCUCGAACGCUGUCGGCCGUCUGCGCCAUAUCAAACGCAUAGGAGAGCGAAUGACAUCCAUGGCACAAACUACCGGGGGAUUCAUUGACUUGACCUAAACAACAGCAAGUUCAGCAUCGGCUGUUGUGUGCCGUCGAGUCCAAACAACCUGCAUGGGUGCAGGAAUACAGCCAUAUAUUGUACUAUAGAAAAGACACUGGCCUGGACGUGACCACGCCCAAAAAUAUCCUUUUCAGUGUUCCGUCGCUUGAAACUAAUAAAUAAAAUGGACUUCGG